GUGUCAGGCGUUCUCCUCGAGAACGCAAGUGUCAGGAGCUGCCCCCCUGUCUACCUCGAACCGUCUGCAGCGCAGAUGGCCGAGGUAACCACCGUCGCGCUGCUCUUCGAGUGGGCCCAGCUCGACGGAGUAGCCUCAGCUUCUCUCAUGGCAGCCCUUGGGCUACAGGAGAGCGACCAUCCGCGGGUGCUCGCGAACGUGUCGGCUGAGGACUGGGACAGGGCCCUGGCAGCAUGGCGAGUUGGGGAGGCCCCGGCAACCCCGGCUCAAAGAUCCAAGGCGGUGGUGGCGAGGGGGGCUGCGGUGCCUCCACAGGCGCUGCCGGCACAGGCACCGUCGACACAGGUGCCGCCAGUGCAGACGGGCGCGGCCGCGGCGCCAGGUGCCGCCCUGGGCACCUUUGCGCUCAACACGGUGACGAAUCAGGCUUCCGAUGUCGUCAUGAGGGUGCUCGACGGCGACGAGCUGAAGGUGGCGUACAGCAACUACAAGGUCAUCUUCGGCAUUCACCCUCCUCCGGAGGAGGAGCUCACGGCGGAGCAGCUCACUGCGAUCAAGAAGAUGCUCGAUGUUGAUAUGGCCCCGUACGUGGAUUUCUCGGUGUGGGGCCCAUUUGGGAACCGCAUGGUUCGAAAGCUCAAGCUCCACGGCCAUACAUUCACCUCUGAGGGCACGUUCGUGCCUAUCGAGGUUGCCGGCCCGCCGAGCUUCGACUUUUGGGCUCGGUCGUAUCAGUGUCUGCGGACGGCGCUGAUCUCCUGGAAGGCCGUCGACUUGGGCCGCCUUGACCUCUACGCCGGCAUGGUGAAGCGCUACGUGACGCGCUAUGGGCCCACUGUCUGGUUGCAGAUCUACCAGGCGGAGGUGCGGUGCAGGAGCGAGCACAUGGAGCGUGUGCGCCGACGCGGUGAAGAAGAGCGCGCAGCUGCACUUGGCGCAGGCGGCGCCCAUCCCAUGGACCCCAUCAGGCCAUGGAACUGGGUCUGGGGCGAGGUCCUCAAGGACGCGGACUUCUGGCGGGUUGAGCUGGAGGAGCCUGCUCUGUUGACCCUGAACCGGGCGAUGGGCCAGGCUCCAGUCGGGGACGUGGCGGCGCCGAGCGCGCCCAAGCGCUUCCUCAGCGUGGACGCGCCCGCGGCACCGCCCCAGAAGUUUGCCAAGGUGCACGAUGUGGACGGCAACGUGUUCCGGUCCAACCGGAAGGGCAAAAAGCUGUGCGAGGCCUUCAACCAGGGUUCGUGCCCUCACUCCCCGACGAGCGCGGCGUGCCCCAAGAACAGCGCGGAGGUGCACCAGUGCAGCCGGUGCCUGGAAACCACGCACGGGGAACAUGCUUGCCGGAGGCAGGACUACCCUGCCCAGAAGAUCCCCAAGGGCGGGGAUAGCAAGGGCAAGGCGGACGUUCAGAGUCACGUGAAGCAGGGUGCGGGCGUUGAUGCCGCGAUCUCUGCUGAGAACUCUCUGGGUGUCGAGGGCCUGGUCGGCAACGAGCCCGUCGUAGCUGAAUUCAAGAUGCUGCACCUGUUCUCCAGGCGAUGUGGGUUGCCUGGAGGUUUUGACGUGGCAGUGCGUGCAUGUGGUGGCGAAGUGGACGCGGUUGGCUUGACGGCGUCGGCGGAGCUGGACUUGUGCGACGAGUACGUGUUCGAGGGUUUCCUCGGCAAGGAGAUGGUCCGCGCGGGUACGCUGUGUGCCUUGCGGUGCGCUGUGGUUGCCGAUGCCUGCAUGGAGUGCGACGUCGUGUGGCUGUGGGCACAGCCGGAGUCGUGCGGCGACGGACCUCGCAUGUUCGACUUGCCCGAGGUGGCGCGGCUGCUGGAGCGCGAGGGCGUUCUCGGUACUUCCUUGGACCAGUGUGCGUAUGGCAGCCCGUGCCGGAAGCCCACUACGUUCGUAGGCAACUUGCAGCUGGUGGGCCUACGCUGCAGACAUGGGGCUCGGCAUCAUUGCGAACCGUGGUCGACUGAGAGCUUCGCUGCGUUUCCGGCGCCCCUGAAUAGGUAUGUGGCGGAGCAUGUCGCAGCUGCGGUUGCGCGGCGGAGGCGGCAGGGCGACGUUUCUGCACCUCGUGAGCCUGCGUGCGUCGGCCGUGGGCGCACGGAGCGCGAGCAGGUGUUGCGCGACGCGGCUCUACUGGCAUUGCGCGGUGACGCGCCGCCCGAACCCGGAGACGUGACCUACGAGAAUGCGCUGCGGGGUGCCCGGGUCAAUCCGAAGGAGGUGCGGCAGCAGGAAGACGCUGACUGUCUCGGCGGAAUGGCCCGGGCGGCAAAGGCAGUCGCCUCGCUGCCGGGCAACCUCGUCACAGGCGGCCGCGUGCGCGCAAUCUUGGACGAAUACUUGCACGAGAACCCGUCGGUGAUCGACGAGUGUCUGGACGCGCUUGGUUCCGAGGCCCCAGACGCUGGUCCGCGCGAGGCGACGUUGGACACGUUGCGCGCGCUGAUUGCGAAGCUAUUCGAGGUCACGGACGUGGGAGCGACGAAGAACGAGGAUUGCUCGUCGCCGAUUCGGUCGUCGCUCCUUGCCGCCUGGGCUGAUCGCGCCGGCGACCCGGGCCGCGAGGCGGCGAGGUGGGUUGCGUCUGGCGCUCCCGCCAGCAUCUUGGCGCAGCCGUUGUUGGCGGGCGUCUUCCCUCUGGCCGAUCCCGAGUCCGGCGACGUCGUGGCACCCGAGGACCUAGAUGCCUCGAUCGACGAUUUCCGGAACUACGCCGGAAUGGAGGAGGACGACGAGGUCAUGGCGCAGUUGCUUGAGUACACCAGCAAGGGCUACCUGAAACGGUUCGACUCCUUUGAGGCCUGCGAGGCUUACUUGGGCGGCCCCCCCGUGCUCUCGCGUUUCGGGGUGGUGUCGAAGGUGAGGUUCGGCAAGUUGAAGCGCAGAUUGAUCCUCGACGUGAAGCAGUCGGGGGUGAAGCUCAGCACUCGGCGGGUGCACAGAGUCCCCCUGCCGAGGGUGACCGACGUCAUGUACGACGUCCGGGACUCCAUCAGCAAGCGGCCGCUUGCCGCUGACGAGGCCAUCGAAUUCAUGGUUUUGGAUUUCGUCGACGCCUUCUGGAACAUCCCUCUGGCUAGGGAGGAGCGGCGCUUCUUCGUGGGGGUGAUGCGAGGCGUGUACUUCGUCUUCCUUCGCGCGGCGCAGGGGUCGCGCAAUGGGCCGUUAGCAUGGGCCGGCGUUGCGUCCCUGGCGGUGCGCUUGGUCCAGGCCGCUCUCUGGGACAAGGGCGAGUGCAACGUGCGCAUCAACACGUACGUGGACGACCCGCUGUCGAUGGUGAGGGGCACGACCUCUCAGAGGAGGCAGCGCAUUGCAGUCUUGAUCCUCUUGUUCCGGGCAUUGGGCUUUCCGCUGUCCUUUCGGAAGGGGUCUCUUGGGGCCCGCGUCGAUUGGAUAGGGCUGACCGUCCACGUCCAGCCAAAGGUGUUGCACGUCACGAUCGCCAGGCAGCGCGUCGACGAGUUGAGGGGGCUCGUCGAGGAAGCCUUGGCGGUGAACGUCAUUAGUAGGAAGUGGCUCAAGAGCUUCGCGGGUAAGGCAAGCAGCUUUGCAUCGGUGUUGGUCUUCUGGAGGCCCUUCCUUCAGUUCCUGUGGUCGGCGAUCUACGCGGCCCCGUCGGCGGGCGUCCCCAAGCACUGCGUCUGGGCCAAGCAGUGCGCGGUGUCGUUCAAGUGGAUCAAAGCGUUCCUGGACGGCAUCGAGGGCGAUAUGGUCCGCACGUUCGACUUGGAUCUCCAGCAGGUCUCUAAGGUGAGGAUUCGCAUGGUGUUCGACGCCUCGCCGUGGGGUGCCGGCGGCGUGCUGCUGGAGGGGGACAAGAUCGUCGCGUGGUUCGCGACGGAGUUCGGCGAGCAGGACGAGAUCGCCACAGGGGUGCAGUUUGGCAGGUCCGAGUCCCAGCAGGUCGCAGAGGCACUCAGCAUCCUGCUGGGGAUGAGGGCGUGGGCCAACUCUUGGCUUGGGUGUUCCCCGAGGCUUGAAGUGCGUUCUGACAGUGUCACGGCGCUCUACAUGCUGGCGCGGAUGAAGACGCACAGCCCUCACGUCGCCGUGAUUGCCAGGGAGCUGGCCCUUACCCUCUCGGACGCCUGCGUCAGGCCAGACGUGGUGGCGCACAUCCCAGGCGUGGCGAACGGGUUGGCAGAUCGUCUGAGCCGCCGCUUUCAGCCAGGCAUCCGUUUCUCCCUCCCUCAUGCUUUAGUCCUCGUGCCUGAGACUGUUAUCCCGCCGCGGGGCGUCCCGGAUACGAAACUCUGGGAGUUCGCAUCUUCCGAGUCCGGGGCGGACGGCCUCCGGGAGGCGCGCCGGCCUCCGCAGGAUUGGUCCCAGGACGCGUUCUGGGCCAGCUUCUCUCUGCUGCCGGGGUCAUCGGGCGUCCUUUUGAUCAGCCAGUUCAGCUUCCUGGGCCUGCUCCGGGGCAGCGACGCAAGGCCGGCCAACUGA